GCCAUGAUUACGGAUCCAAAAUAUCCGUGCAAGAUGAAGUACUUAGCGGUCUGGGUGUUGUUAUGUAAAUUAUGAUAAUCGGAUUCGAUCUGUUGAUCUUGGUCGCCUUUGAGGUAUUUUUGUGCCGAAUGAUUGGAAUUUAAACUUCUCAUACGAUAGCACACUUCAGAAGAGUGUUAGGACGCUUGCAUCCAUCAGGUAAGCCCGUUUUUUCUAAUACUCACAACAGAGCCACAGUGGCAGAGCUGUGUAUCAAAUUAUGAUGCUAAAAGUCGCAAAUUAUUAGCACAAAAAUGUACACGGGAAAGAUUGUGACUCAAUGGAUUGUUCGCAUGAUUGCUGUUUGUGUUAUUACCGUUAGGGAAGCUGUUAAAAGGGAUUACUUGUGGUUUUAGUGUUGCUGUUCUUCGACUUUUUUACAUCUCUCCUUUGAUGAAAACACAACACACAUUUUGGAGACGAAAAUGAGAAAAUGUACUUGACAAUUUUGAGAUUGCUGGUCUGUGCAUGUUAACUCGAUAUCGUUCCCUACUGUUUAUUUCUAAAGCACUGUUGUGUUGGUCGACAAAAUACAACUUCAGACAACAUAAGAUAAGGAAAAAGUGUGAGUUUAGUUGAGGUUUUAUAUAAACGCAUUGCUUGUCGAUGAAUUGUUGUGUCUUCGUGUGGCAAAGCAAGCGUAUCAAUGUUUACAAUGCUCAAAAGGUUAUUAAAGAUUAUUAAGUGUGAGUGAAUUAAUGCUCAACAUAUCCCAAUAUCGGGUUUGUAAUAGAUCUAAUUGUUCUGUGAAGUUUUGAAAUAUAAUUAUUUCCUUUCUCAUGGAUUCUUAUACAAUGGUAUAUAGCAUCUUUAGGAGACAGACUAGAAUAUGUGUAAAAUGCCCUGCUAUCAUCAAUUCAAUCUGAAACUGUCAAUUCAAAUAGACAAUUUUAAAUGUGAUUGUGUUGUUUCUCUUUAUUGAAUCAUACAUAACAAUUAUUCGUUUCUGCGCGUAAUAUUAUGCUAUGCAUGUCAACUAUAUAUACAGUAUAAUCAAAUAUCAAGGAGAAGUUGGAAUGAAUUGAUGAAAACAAUAUUUCAAUAUUGAAUAAUUUCAACAGGAAAAUCAUGCAUGCAUAACAAUGAUUAUGAGAUUGGAGUUAAGUGCUGCUCUUAAGUGAAGGCUUAGUUUAGCUUUACUCUUUCUCACACUGCUUCACAGAACAACUGGCUGAUCAUUGUAGAAGUUAAUAAGGUACAAGGUAUUAAUAUAAUAUAAAUAAUAAAUAUAUCUCUCUUGUAGUUAAAAUAUGCUAUUCAUGCAAGUAAAUUAUUUGAAUCAUUUUCUACUCUAACUGAAGAAACUCAAAUAUCUUGUAUACUGUUAUUACUGUAUACUGUAUAAAUUUUCUAUUAUGCGAUUUAAUAUUUAUAGUUUUUCUAGGGGCAUACUGUAUUGAUAUGCAUCAACAGAUAAUCAAGAUGAAGCUUGGUUUAGACAGCAAACUUGUGCCAAACCUAAUCAAAUUAAAUACAGCACAAGUUUGGUAACUGAUAUAGACAAUGGACUUAAUUGUACCAUGCCAAAAUACGAGUACAGUCAGUACACUAUUGAAAUUGCUAACAUAUCAAAAUCAUAUAAUAAUGUAUGUUAAAAAAAUUAUGCAUUAGGUUUGAUGCAUGAAAAGUUCACUGUCUAAACCAGGUCUAAGAAAGUUUGUCUUGCUGUAUAGUCUGACUGUUGUCUUUUUUCAGCACCAGUCAAUUGAAAAAACAUGUCGAGGCGGCAAGACACAAACCAGCAAUCAAAUGAUGACAUUGACUAUGCACGUCAUGAUCCUGUAAACAUUAUUUAUAAAAUUGGUAUAUAUGGCUGGAGGAAAAGGUGUCUUUAUCUACUCAUUCUCAUCAUAACUGUCAUUACAAUUAUUAACCUGGCACUUACAAUUUGGAUUAUGCAUGUUAUGAACUUCAAUCUGGUAAGAAAUAUAGCAUCUUAUACAAAAUUAGAUCAUUUUAAAUUUGUUGCUUUAAUCCAUUAAGUGGCAGCACUUUCCCCUUGACAAGUAAAAACAUCUGGCGUUUAACUGAGUAUAAAUAAUAUACUGUAGAUAGGUGCAUCAGGGUGCAUAUAUAAAUAACAAGAUAAGAUGCAUGAAGGUGCAUUGUAAUUUAAGGGGUUAAUAUACUGUAUGUGCAUUGGUAGAUUUAUUGGUUAGGGGCGGACCAUUAGCAAAGGAUGCGCAAAAAGCAAAAAUAAAAAUCAAGCAGGGGAAACAGAAAAAAAAAAAUUGUGCACCAGAAGGGAAAAUUAUAAGUUGACAGGGCCUAUCAGAGGUACAUUGUAAGAGUGGCCUCCAAAUUUGGAAAAUAAAAAAAUGGUGUUCUUUUAUAUAAGUAAUGGUGUGAGAAAAAAUUUUCUAAACCUAAAUGUAGCAGAUAUUGGUGCAAAAAUCAAUCAUGUUUUAAGAAGAAUUUGUCAGGGAAAAUGUGUUUUAAACCUUAACUAAAUUGAUGUUAGUCCAGAAAAUUUUUUUUGACCCUUUUUUAUGCCCUGAAAAUUUUUCUUUUAUUCCUGGAAAAAUCUGCCCCCCCUGCAAAAAUCAAUCAUGUUUUAAGAAGAAUUUGUCAGGGAAAAUGUGUUUUAAACCUUAACUAAAUUGAUGUUAGUCCAGAAAAAUUUUUUUGACCCUUUUUUAUGCCCUGAAAAUUUUUUUUUUAUUCCUAGAAAAAUCACACCCCCCCCCCCCUCGCCAACACUUUUUGGAAAAUAAAUAAACAAGCAAAAAAAUUUUGAAAAGAUAAUUGUACACAGGAAAAGAAUUCCCUGGGUUAGACAGAGUGUAAACUGUAAACUGUAGUGAACAUGUGGUUGCUAUCUUGCCCUCUGUAGAGCCUGGCACUUAGAGGUAUGGUCACUGACCAUCGUCAUAUUGUUGCGCUAUUUAUUCUGUGACCAUUUCUUUGUAACUGCAUAAAUUAGGACUAGUCUAAUUCUUUUUUUAAUAGGAUGGUAUGGGGAAACUGAAAAUAACAAAUAAAGGAGUUCUAUUGCAAGGGAAUGCAGAAUUUAUUAAGCCACUCUAUGCAGAAUCAAUUGAAACAAGAAAGGUAUUGUAUAUUACAAAUUUAAUGGCAGGUUUAAGGGCACGCUUGAGAAAAAAUGGAGACAUGUUUGUGAUCAAGUACAUAUUUUAUUAUUUCUAUGCCUGCAUCACAGCAACCCAACAUAAUAAUUUUCAUUUUAACUAUGAAUGACUUCAUUUUCCCUAAAGCUAAGCUGUGAUAUAUUUUUGUUGUGUGAGUGUUGUACCAAAAUUUACCAACAAUUAAAUUGGUACAUUUAGGAUAAAGAAAUGGUUGUCCAAUCAACAGCAAAUGUUUCAAUUAACGCUAGAAAUGAGAGUGGUCAUACUGUUUCCCAACUGUUUGUUGGAAAUGAUGAAAUUGUUGCAAAACAAAAAGUUUUCAGAGUUCAUUCCAAUGAUGGAAAAGAGCUUCUGUAUGCGGACAAAAAUGUGGUUCGCUUUGGAUACGACAAACUGAGAUUCGCAAGUAAGUAUUGGCUACCGUACUUCAAGGAUGUAGUUACAGAAGCAAUAUCUUUACAAGGCAGUGGUUAAAUUAAGUUAGGCUGCAUGUACCAGUGGUAACUUACAUUACUGGAACUAGAGAAACAUAAAUGAUAAAACAUGUUACACUAACUGUAACUUGCAAAAUAGUGUAAUUAAGCUUUUAUUAGCUACUGUACCGUAAGUGACCUCGGUCAGUCGGUCUGUUACCAAGCCUAUCAAAAGUGAGUUUUUCAUGUUCAUUGGAUUUAAAAAGAUGACUCCAUACAUGUACAAAAAACAGAAUUGUUGCAUUUCUAUUACUUUCCCAUGCUCUUUCAUUCGAAAUAUACUCAUAAUAUUUGCUUUAAAACUUUUAUCCGCCGGAAAAUUAAUUUAUCCUGUAAUCUGUAUAUGCUGUUUUUGUUUAUAUUUUGUAGACGCUGCAAGUACAGUGAACUUCACUGGUGCAGUGCAAACAGAGCAUGUACGAUCUCCUCCAUUUAAACAUCUUGAACUUCAUUCCCCAACAAGAUCUGUGUAUCUCGAAGCUCCUCAAAAGAUUGAUAUUAAUACCAAAGGCGGUGACAUUUUCGUCAAAAGCAAGUUUUCAGCAUCGUUCACUUCUGAUGAGGUAUGUUGAACAAAAUUAUUAACUGAGCUUACAAUACAUUUCUAAUGAGAACAUAUAAAUCAAAAUCAGUGAUUAUUUGCACGGCGGUCCACGUUGCGUCACUAAUUAUCUAAGAUAAUCACUAAUUACUAGUAAUCUAGUAUCGAAGUUGCUUCGUGUGACUUUUAACGAGAAUCCAUGCAAUUGGAUACUUACUUCGGAAAACUAUUUUAGUUUAAGAAUGUGUACAUUUUACGCAUACUGACAGAAGAUCUCAGUGCUUUUUGAUCGCUGACUUUUGUCGCUUUUUCAACGGAAGUGUGGGGCGGUACCUACACUAAAGUAUGGACAAAAGUACGUACUUCUGUCGAAAGAUAAAUUUUUCAAACGAGCUUGACGUUUUGGUGUUUCAACUAAAGCAUGAUCGAUGAACGAUAUUAUUAGAACCAGAGAAAUUGUGGGCAUGAAUGAUAGAAAAUUCGAAACAUUGUUAGCCUGCGUAGCAGGCGCUAUUUUAGGGGGGAGGACGAGGGUGGGAGAAGCGAGGGGGGAGGAGAGAAAGGGAGCUAGAAAAAAUGGGAGGGGCGAGGCGAGAAAAAAUGGGAGGGGCGAGAAAGAAACUCCCCCCUAAAAUAGCGCCUGCUACGCAGGCUAGAGCAUUGUCAAUAUGAUCUUCUUUCACUUAAAACGGGUUUUCCACAAGGCGGAGCGGAAUAUUUCUUCUAAUUAGUUACACGCUCCGCGCAGAAAAUUCCGCCCAAUGAAAAACCUGCUUAAAAGAACGACGAACUUGCGUAAACGUGGUCAUAAUUUUGUACUUCCACGUGUUAGGACUGAACUGUUUAAGCGUGCUUUUCUAAAUAGAUGACUGACUUUAAUUAAUCUAAUUUAGGUUUUACGCUUUUUUAGAACUAGAUUUUUAGAUUUUAGCUUUGAAAUCAUGUAAACUCGCACGGUUGUUGUGUAGUAUAGGUUUAUAAAGACUUCUAUAUAGUUACUGUACGAAUAUGGUGCAUUUCACCAAUACUAGAAUUACAUUGAUGCGUGCAAGUCUGGAUACUAGGAAACAAGACUACUGCAUGCGUUGUCAGGUGCGGUGUACUUUGACCUCAACAAAGCCUAGCCUCGUUUACACUAUCAGAGUUUUUGUGAUCACAGUAGAAAUUUUGCAUGGGUAAAUUCUAAGUUUUGAAGGAUUUGUAAAAAAUGUUUGAGUCAGUAUUUCCCUCAAACAUUUUUUACUUGUAAAUCUAUCCUGGUUGCCACAGGCUGUCGCUCGUAUAGUCGUACAAAUUACGUAAUUUAUAAUAUGGCGGCACAAGAACCUCUGGAACCAGGGUAUUACAAAUCCUUCAAAACUUCGAGUUUACCCAUGCAAAAUUCCUACUGUGAUCACAGAAACUCUGAUAGCGUGAACCAAGCUUAACACUUAAAUGAAUGUGAUACAACCAUUUUUUGCUUGUUUGAACCAAAUUGUUUUUGGUAUAUAAUGUUAUAGUCUUUUAGUUUAGCUCUCUUGACGUGCGUGUUCUGGAUUGUGUAUGGUGUCACUUCAUGCUCAUAACUUUAAAUCCUUGGACUUUGUGUGAAUGUGUCAUUGUCCCUCGUAAUUCAAUUUCUCAGGAUUAAUUCCAUUUCUUACAUUGCUUGUAUUUAGUUUAUAUUUGAUGGCGAGAAGAUUGUAUUCAAGGAUUUGCCAGUUGUAGCAACAGGAGACACUGUCAGUGAUAUCGGUGCCAAGGAGGUUUGCUUGUGCCCGAAUGGACGUAUUUUUGCCGCGUCAUCUCAAACAAACUGCGCAGCCGCAUUAGAUACGUGCAAGUAAAACAACAUAUUUUGCGUCAUGGCGUUGAUGUUCACAAGAAGUAGAUCAACUUUGGUGUCCUAGAUAUCGACUAUAUCUUUGUUUUUAUGCAUGCAACUGGUAUCUGGGUAUUGAAGCUCUUCAAAUGAAACAAUAUCGAUGUUAAUAUGACAUUGCUCUUUCACUAUAUAGAACAUUUUAGAAAAUUUGGAUUAAAUAUGCAGAGUGUAUUAAAUUUAGUGUAGGUUUUUAGCAUAUUUUUACUUGUAUAUUAUUACGAUAUAAAUUUAUCUGUGUUUUA